AGAUGAAUUUAUGAUGUAAUUUUGUGAAUGAGUAAAAUUAACCUUGAUUAACACUAGCAAUAACUCCAUGUUGCUUGUGGAGUUGAUAUUGAAUGUGUGGUUUAAUUAUAUAUGAGGAUUUUGAAGGGUAGUUGUCAACUUAAUUAAGAGUUGAAUAAGAAUUGUGUCAGAUUUUGUGAUAUGUCCAAGUUCAUUGUAUGUUACUUUCCGUAAAGUACUAUCUCACUCUCUGAAUGGCUCUAUAAUUCUCUCUCACAUCAAACAAGGGUUCCACACUGCCAAAUUUAAUCAGUCACGUCUCUUGAAUUAUUACUUUGAAAUGUGGGGAUUUGAGUUCAGAGAUGUGGAAACCCUCUCCACCUACCAACGAUUUUUUUCAUGUUUGGCAUGCCUAGGAGUGUGAAGAAGCACUAUAGAGGAGUGAGGCAAAGGCCAUGGGGGAAAUGGGCGGCGGAGAUACGCGAUCCGAAGAAGGCAGCGCGUGUGUGGCUCGGAACAUUCAGCACAGCUGAGGAUGCUGCACUAGCAUACGAUGACGCUGCGCUCAAGUUCAAGGGCGCCAAGGCCAAGCUCAAUUUCCCCGAGCGAGUCCAAGGCAAGACCGAGCUACGCUACCUCAGCAGCGGCGCCGCCUCCGGAGGAUCCUCCGCCGCCGCCGUCGAUCCCUUGCUGCACAACACCUUCCCUGGCCUUCAGCAGUAUGCCCAGCUACUCUCCAGCAGCGACGCUGAAUUCCCUUGCGCCUCCUCAGCUCUCUACAACAACAACAACAACCAGGAGUUAGGUUAUGAUUAUUCCGCCUCCAUGCCGGCGCCGGGUUAUCCCGUCCCGCCGCCUCCGCCGCAGCCGGACUUUCAAUCGAGUUUUGGGGCUCAGUAUGGCGGGUUUUAUGGUUCGGAUUUUUACAACUAUGGCAAGUACUAUGAUCCUAGCAACCCAAAUGGAUGAUUAAUUAGCUAUCAUUGAUCAUCAAAAUGUGUUUUUAUUAAUGAUGAGAAAUUUUCAAUAGUACUACUACUACUCUUGGAUUUUGGCAUGAUCAGAAUAAAAAAGCUUUUGCUGUGACAUAUUGCUUGUAUUGCAUAUGAUCAUUGCAUCAAUUAAUAUGUAUGCUUGUUUCUUUUUUUCUUUUUUUUUUCCAUUGGAGAUUUUGCUUUUUUCUGUUCGUUUUGUAAAACAUUUAUCCUCCAAUGAGAUAAUAAAUAUAAAUGCUUCUUUCUUUCUA